UGAGCUUUAGACCAGACGUCAAUCGUCAAUGAUUCCCGCUGCCCUGUGCUCAAGAGUCUUUCUUACACAUCCAACAUCCAUCCGCCUGCAACAAGCACAAGCACCACAUCAGUUCGAUUUGUCUAAUUACCUCUAGCACCCGUCCCGAAUAUUACCUUCUCGUCUAGAUAUCGGCCAUGGAUACCCUCGUAGCUAGGUACAGUCGCCCGACUGCCUUCCAGAAUGAGACCUUCGCAGACGAAGAGCAAGAAGACCUCCAGAAUGAUGUCGCCCCGGGUUUAUCUCUUAAAUUCGCCAUGCCGCCUGUAGCCCAACCCUCAGCAUGGCUCCGUGCAGCAACAGACGACCGCUCAAACCCCGACUGUCCCAUCAAGAUCGCGCACGGUACAACGACCCUCGCUUUCCGAUUCCAGGGCGGUAUCAUCGUAGCGACGGAUUCUCGAGCUACGGCCGGCAACUGGAUUGCCUCGCAGACUGUCAAGAAGGUCAUCGAAAUUAACAACUGCCUGUUGGGCACUAUGGCCGGUGGUGCCGCCGACUGCCAGUACUGGCUCGCCUGGCUGGGCAUGCAGUGCCGUCUGCACGAGCUGCGUCACAAGCGCCGCAUCAGCGUCGCCGCAGCCUCCAAGAUCCUCGCCAACCUCGUCUAUCAGUACAAGGGCAUGGGCCUGUCUAUGGGAACCAUGUGCGCCGGCGUCACCAAGGAAGAGGGCCCCGCUCUCUACUAUAUCGACUCUGACGGGACCCGACUUGCCGGAAACCUGUUCUGUGUUGGUUCCGGCCAGACAUUCGCCUACGGUGUACUCGAUGCCGAGUACCGCUACGAUUUGAGCGAGGAGGAUGCUCUAGAACUAGGUCGCCGGAGUAUCUUGGCCGCCACGCACCGAGAUGCGUACUCAGGUGGUUUUAUUAACCUAUACCACGUCAAGGAAGAGGGUUGGGUCAAGCACGGCUUCAACGACACGAACCCGAUAUUCUGGAAGACGAAGUUAGAGAAGGGCGAGUUCACCAACGUUACCAGCUCCCUGGACUAAAUCAUGGUUUUGGUUAGGGAUGAAUUAUUACGAAGUGCAUACUGGAUGAUAUCAGGGAGCAUCAGCUGGCAUGUGGUAGGAGAGAAAGGGGGGAAGUGCAAAACAGAGCUUGAUAGACUAUCUCAUUACCUAACUAUCUUGGCGAAGUCCCCCGGGUCACUACCCAGGAUCCGCCGCGUAAAUGUA